GGUCCAGCUCAACCUGAUGUAGUCCUGAGUGGACAUCCUUUUCACUUCGGCCGCCAUGGCCUGGAUAGACUGCUUAGCCCUUCUUUUGGUAUGUCAAUGCGAAAGGCAGUUCGAGAUGAAGACCUCAUCAACGAGGACAGAAGUCGAUUGCCAAUCUCGAAUACAGCUCCACCAUUAUCCCAUACAGACAGUGAGAGUUUGUCACACAAUUCUGCAUUUAUUAGACGCUAUCUCCCAGUCGGUGUACACACGGAGGCGGGCUGA